CUGUAACAUAAAGAAUAUUUACAUUUUAUAUAUUAGGUAAGUGACGUAAAGUAUAAACUUCCGGUAUCCUUUAUAAUACUUCGGAACACGUGCUCUUGAAAAGAAGGUUAAAAGCACGAGAAGAAAAUUCCCGAUUUACGCAUGCGCCACAAGGCACGACCACGAGAUCAAAACAUUCUACCGCUGCGCGUAUUUAUACUAAUUAUCGAACAAAGCCACGUCGUAUAACAUAACGAGACCGGUCAGAAGAAAUGGAAUCAGAGACGAGUAAUCAAGAUUAUGUCAACUACAACGACUUUUUCAACGCUACCGUGUGCCACGUUUGCAAACGGUUCGGCGAUGACGGCUCUUUGAUGAGGUGCAGUGGCUGCAAGUUGAUUUCCUAUUGCUCUCCGGAACAUCAGAAGCAACACCAAAUGGAGCAUGAAUCGGUAUGCAACGCUGUACUGGACGUGACGCAAACCAGCAACAUAAAACAGUAUGGUACAAGUUGGGUGGAGUUGUAUACAAAGAAGUGGGACUACAUUAAACUAGUGUCGGAGAAGUUAGGACGUCCCCUCGAGUUGUACGAGAACCAAAUGUUCCUGUUUCCAAGGGAGUGCGUCGUUUGCUAUAAACUGGACGGUCAGUCGCUGAAGAAUUGUAGAGAUUGUGCCGCCAGCUACUGUAAAGAUCACAUAUACGGUAUUGAGCAUAUGGAAAUUUGCGGGCCCCUUGGGUUAUGUUUUCGUUUAAAUCUACAGCGUAUAAGUGGGAAUUGCAAAGUGGAUCAUGCUUACAUUGCGUUUAUUUCCAACACGAAUACGUUUGAGAACACGAAGGACUUUAUAAAAACUUACUUGAAUACAUCAACUGACUCGGAAUGGUCCUGUGAUCUCCUAGAAGCCGCACAUUCGCCGUUUAUCACAGGUCCCUUAACUUUGUUUUAUGCUAUGCGAUUAUUAGAGUAUUUCCUAAAACGCAAAAAUCUAGUAGUUCACGUUGUUGGCGCGAAUAGUACAGAAACAGAUACCUUAAUAGGGUGGGGAGUUUUGCUGUAUUUAUUAAAAUUAUCAUCACUGACGAUUGUAAUGGUAGGGCCAGAAUUAAAUUGUACAUCCUAUGCGUUGCCCGAUUUCAUAUCGCAGCAGAAAAAAUGUUCGUUUGAGUUUCACGAUUCGUUGUACGAGAACUAUGUACGCAGCUCGUCGUUCGUGAAACCAGAUAUCGUCGUAGGUUUUGACGCGUAUAUUCAUCAGCAUGAACUUGAAUCCACUAAGGAAACGUGGGCGCCGUCCAUACGGCUGAUAGCGGAACAAAAUUGUCCGUUCGUUUUAACGUGCAGGCAUAAUCAACAGGAUUUAGAUGACCAGGCUGAAAGAAUUAAUACCAUCCUCAAUAGGAAGACAUAUUGUUUGUUCAGCGGAAAGAAUCCAUUUACUUGUUUAAGACCGAAUAGAGUUCCCACGACACAGAAAGUGAUGUAUGCGAAUAACUAUGUAAUUGUCUACCAGAAUCUUUGCCCGUAAGUAAAUGUAGUUCAAGCGACUAACAAACUGUCGGCUGUGUUGCCGAUAAACACGUAGCAUGCCGGAAACGAAGGAAAGUAAAAUCGAUUUUAACGUUUAACACACACAACGGAAACAUGUAGAAUGUUUAUAUGAAUAGUCAACGAAAAUCGCGGCGUUUCUGCACGAAACAAAGAGAUUUAGACCAGACGUUCCACAGGAAGCUUGCAUAUUCAUAAUCUCAAAAUUUUAGGAAUCAUUUUUUACACAUUGCAUUGUGGUAUAUUAUAAUUAGUAGUUUGUAAUGGAUUAUAGAUAUAACAACUGACACGAGGCGACGGUAACUUAGUCAUAAGUACAAUUAUGUGACAAAGACGGAAUUUUGCAUCAAUUGUUUGCAAUAAAGUUUUGUAUUUUCAUAAUAAAUAUUGGGCAUGUACGAAU